ACCGAACAAUCAAACGAAUCAUCGUCACACUCUCUUUAUAGAGUCAUUAGAGUGGUUGAAGGACAGAGGAAGAAGAAAGAUGGAUCAGGGUUCAUCAUGUGGAUCAAACAGUAACUGUAAGUCAUGGAUUAUGUACGGACUAGUUACAGGUGCUGCAAUUGCAGCAGCAGCAAUUGGAGCUGCUUUUUCAAUUCGAGGAGGAUCUGGGAAAUUCAGGAGUCGUGUAAUUGGUAUUAUACCUGCUCGUUAUGCUUCCUCUAGAUUCGAAGGGAAACCUUUAGUUCAUAUUCUUGGGAAACCCAUGAUCCAGAGAACAUGGGAGAGAGCAAAACUAGCCUCGACACUAGACCAUGUUGUUGUGGCAACGGAUGAUGAAAAGAUUGCAGAAUGCUGUCGAGGGUUUGGUGCUGAUGUGAUAAUGACAUCAGAAUCUUGCAGAAAUGGUACCGAGAGAUGCAAUGAAGCAUUGGAGAAGCUUGAGAAGAAAUAUGAUAUUGUCGUCAAUAUUCAGGGGGAUGAACCUCUUAUUGAACCAGAGAUCAUAGAUGGGAUUGUUAAAGCUUUGCAGGGAGCUCCUGAUGCUGUUUUCAGCACUGCCAUGACAUCUUUGACGCCUGAAGAUUCAACCGAUCCAAACCGGGUGAAAUGUAUUGUUGACAACCAUGGCUAUGCAAUUUAUUUCUCGAGGGGACUAAUCCCAUUUAAUAAGUCAGGAAAAGUCAAUCCGAACUUCCCGUAUCUACUUCAUCUUGGUAUCCAGAGCUAUGACUCGAAGUUUUUGAAGAUAUAUUCAGAGCUUGCACCUACUCCACUGCAACUUGAAGAAGAUUUAGAGCAACUUAAGGUCCUUGAGAAUGGUUAUAAAAUGAAGGUGAUCAAGGUUGAUCACCAUGCUCAUGGUGUCGACACUCCCGAAGAUGUUGGGAAACUAGAAGCUCUCAUGCGUGAAAGAAAUUUAUUAUAAUCAGCUACUGAACACUUGGUUCCCUUGCUAUUAUUGUUUAUUUUCAUCUUCUACUGUAAUAUAGAAUCCCACUUCCACUUGGUUCCCUUGUUAUUAUUUUUUAUUUUCAUCUUCGUGUAAAUCCUUCCAGUAUAUGGAACCACAAACCCUUCUAGUUUUCAGAAGUGUUUAUUACGUGCAUAACUUCAAUGACAUUACAAAUGCACUACUUGUGUCUACAUUAUCUCAUUAACCUUUUAUUGAAAUGAAUUAAAUGUCGUUGCCAGUUUA